AUAAUGGACCCGGAUUAUAUUGAGAGCCAAAGGCUAUGUUUGAUGUGAAUCUCAAUGCAGUCAUACUGUUAACACAAUUAGCGGUCAAACAUUUGGCGAAAACUAAUGGCAAUAUAAUUAGCAUAUCGAGUGUUGGGGCCAUUAAACCGGGUAUAGGUAUCUCGCCGGUAAGUAUGUCCAAGUGUGCCAUUAAUAUGUUCACUAAAUGUAUGGCAGUGAAGUUGGCACCCAAAAAGAUCCGGGUCAAUGCAGUAUGCCCCGGUGCAAUUCAUACGCCCAGCUUUAAGACAUUAAGUAAUAUGACCAGGGACGAGCUCAAGGCAUUUAAGCAACGUUUGGCGGUUAAGUACCCGAUUGGUCGUAUCGGUGAACCAUCGGACGUGGCAAUGCCGUAGCACACCUGGCCAGUGAGCAUGCUACAUUUAUAACUGGCGCCUGUAUGUUGGUCGAUGGUGGUUACCUU